AGUGUUGCAACUGGGCCUGGCAUGUUUCAGUGUGGUGUCCAGCAGUGUCUCCCACUCCUUGUGAAGUCUGAGGUUGCAAAAGGACUGUGAUCAUAUGAAGAUCAUCCAGGAGUCCAACUCGAAAUUCUCAGCAAACAGGACCUUGAUGUGAGAGGAGCAGGUUCAGGUAAACAAAGGGCCCCACAUCUCCUGCUCUUCUGCUCACACUCCUGCCUGUUUUGCCUGACCACAGCUACCAUGCCUCGGGGUCAGAAGAGUAAGCUCCGUGCUCGUGAGAAACGCCGCAAGGCGCGAGAGGAGACCCAGGGUCUCAAGGUUGCUCACGCCACUGAAGCAGAGAAAGAGGAGUGCCCCUCCUCCUCUCCUGUUUUAGGGGAUAUUCCCACCAGUUCCCUUGCUGCUGGCAUUCCCCAGAAGCCUCAGGGAGCUCCACCCACCACCACUGCUGCUGCGGCUGUGUCAUGUACCAAAUCUGACGAAGGUGCCAAAUGCCAAGGUGAGGAAAAUGCAAGUUUCUCCCAGGCCACAACAUCCACUGAGAGCUCAGUCAAAGAUCCUGUAGCCGAGGAGGCAGGAAUCCUGAUGCACUUCAUGCUACAUAAGUAUAAAAUGAGAGAGCCCAUUAUGAAGGCAGAUAUGCUGAAGGUUGUUGAUGAAAAGUACAAGGAUCACUUCACUGAGAUCCUCAAUGGAGCCUCUCGCCGCUUGGAGCUGGUCUUUGGCCUUGAUUUGAAGGAAGACAACCCUAGUGGCCACACCUACACCCUCGUCAGUAAGCUAAACCUCACCAAUGAUGGAAACCUGAGCAAUGAUUGGGACUUUCCCAGGAAUGGGCUUCUGAUGCCUCUCCUGGGUGUGAUCUUCUUAAAUGGCAACUCUGCCACCGAGGAAGAGAUCUGGAAAUUCAUGAAUAUGUUGGGAGCCUAUGAUGGAGAGGAGCACAUAAUCUAUGGGGAACCCCGUAAGUUCAUCACCCAAGAUCUGGUGCAGGAAAAAUAUCUGAAGUACAAGCAGGUGCCCAACAGUGAUCCCCCACGCUAUCAAUUCCUAUGGGGUCCAAGAGCCUAUGCUGAAACCACCAAGAUGAAAGUCCUUGAGUUUUUGGCCAAGAUGAAUGGUAGCACUCCCCGUGACUUCCCAUCCCAUUAUGAAGAGGCUUUGAGAGAUGAGGAAGAGAGAGCCCAAGUCCGAUCCAGUGUUAGAGCCAGGCAUCGCACUACUGCCACAACUUUCAGAGCGCGUUCUAGGGCCCCAUUCGGCAGGUCCUCCCACCCCAUGUGAGAACUCAGGCAGAUUGUUCACUUUUUGUGGCAAGAUGCCAACCUUUUAAAGUAGUGAGCAGCCAAGAUAUGGCUAGAGAGAUCAUCAUAUAUAUCUCCUUUGUGUUCCUGUUAAACAUUAGUAUCUUUCAAGUGUUUUUCUUUUAAUAGAAUGUUUAUUUAGAGUUGGGAUCUGUGUCUGUGAGCGACAUGGAUCACACAUUUAUUGGUGCCACCAGCUUUAAGCAUAAGAGUUUUGAUAUUCUAUAUUUUUGAAAUCCUUGAAUCUUUUUUGGGUUCAAGAAGAAGAAAGCAUAGCUUUAGAAUAGAGAUUUUCUCAGAAAUGUGUGAAAGAACCUCACACAACAUAGUUGGAGUCUUAAAAUAGAGGAAGAGUAAGCAAAGCAUGUCAUGUUUUUGUUUUCUGCAUUCACUUUUGUUUUUGUAAAAUCCAAAGUUACAUACCUGGUUGUUUUUAGCCUUUUCGAGAAUGCGGAUAAAAUAAAUAGUAA